AUGUUUAAGUUCUUUCUUUCUUUUCAGGACAUAUUCAUCAUGAUGCAGGUAAUAAUCCUGUUGACUCCGUGCUUGGUUCGAGUCAUUACUAUGUCAACAUGAGCUUUUACUCUGAUCCUAAUUUUGCAUAUCAAAUCAGUGGAAAUCCCAUACAUGUUGCAGUAGGAAACAAAGUUUAUGUCAAGGUUUUCACCACAAGCUCUGACUGGACAAUCAAAAUGAGGGUACAUACGUGCUACACAAAACCAUCUGCAACUGCGUCUGACAGUUUCAAAUUUGAAAUGAUAAAGAAUGGGUGUGAGAUGGAUUCAAACACUCAUAUCAUAUCACAGUCCUCACAUGAGACUCGUUUUGUGUUCGAGGAUUUCGAAUAUACCAGCAAUCACGAGGGUCUUUAUGUCUACUGUGAUGCCAUGUUCUGUCGCUCCUCCGACUACUCCAGGCAAUGCAUGCAAACAUGUAAUCCGUAAACGCAGUAUUGUUUUCAUUGAAGACAUGGAUACAAUAAGAUAAUUU